AUUACAAGCAUGUGACAGCCUUAAGGGUUAGGAUCAGUAUAUAUGCCCCAAGGCGUAGAAUGAUCACACCUCCUAAAUUUCCCAGCAGGAUAUUAUUAUUGGUCGCAUUCUAUAACCAUCGCUUGUCAGUGAUUGACUCCAAGUGUUGAGCGAUAAAGCUUUUAAUUCUUGUUGGUUGCUAUAUUGAUACAAACUGACAAAUUGUUUUGGAUGUUAAUAUUUAGUUAGAAAAAUAACUUCUUUACUUCGCGCGGAAAGAGACAAUAUUGUUGUAGACUGUUAGUUAUUGAUGUGACUUGUACUUUUAAGUACCGGAGUGCAGAGGAAAAUAUUUUUGUGAUUGAUUAUUGGAUAAUAACGGAGGAAAAUUAAUUAGCAUGAAAAUAUAACUAUUUAUAUUAAACAAUGAUAAGAUCGCAUAAUUAAAUAAAUAUUUUUAGCGUGAGUGGCAGAUUGUGAAAUAUUUUGGACCCGAGAAGUUAACAUUAAGUUUCUGCUUAAUUCAACUUAUGUUUUGUGUUGUUUAGCAAUGACCAGUGCUCUGGAUUUUACCAAAAUGUUUCGUUUUAAUUUCUGGCCUAAACCUUUCUUUCCUCCUCCAGGAAAUUCAGGAAUGGAGAAUUCAUCAUUUGUGCCAAAUUUAAUGGUUUUGGCGCCAACAGGAGAUGGUCAUGAAGCUCCGAGAUUGCCGCACCCCUACUCGGGCCAGAAUAUGGAUAAAGAUUUAUCAAGUCCGUUUGGUACAGCACCGUUUACGAUGUACAGACCUGGGGAUCCAUUUGCCCCACCACUCUAUGCCCCCAUGCCACCAUUUGUUAGGCCAACAUUUGAAAGAGGAAUAAAUUUAAUUUCCUCACAAGGGGGUGGAGCUUUUAGACCUCUUGGACAAUCUUCGGAGGGUAUAUCCGAUUACCAGUCGGCUUUCACACCUGCCAAAAAAACUAAAUUAGAUGAUGCAGGGACUAGUUCUUUUAACAGAAUAGAUUCGCCAGACUCCAGAACAAAUUCUCCCGAGAUUAAAACCUCUGCGUCAUGCACAGUAAAAGAUGAAAGACCUUCCAGUAUUAGUUCAGCCGGAUACGACACCAAUUCCGAAAAUUUGUCUGAAAAUGGAGACAUGUAUGAUAGAGGAACGCCUGAUUCAGAAGGAAGAUCGUUAAGAAAACAGAGAAAGAAAAGUGUACUGGAUGGUCAGGCCCCAUGCUGUCCAAUCUGUGGUCUCACCUUACGACAUUCGGAUGUCGAGAGUCAUUUUAACCUAGAGAUUGAAAAACUAGAAAAACUCAGCAGGGGUGGAAGAAAAUCACGAGAUACGACCCCUCAAGGUCGAAAGUCGUUACCUUCACCUUCUGGUUGUCGUAAAGGUAAAGAUUCCCCAUCACCAGAAGUUAUUUCACAAGCCAGGUUCGAGACGUAUUUACGCAUCCGGUGCAAUCGUCAAGCUCGUUUAAGCUCUCGCUGUCGAAAUCGUAAGAAGAAACCUGGUGAGGAUGGUGUUGUCAAGGAAUCAUCAUGUCCUAUAUGUAAUGAGAAAUUAACCGGUACAUCAGAUGAACUCAAUUCACAUGUUGAACUCUGUCUUAAACGUAGAGGUGAUUUAGAAGAUGAACCUGUUGAUGUAGAGGGUGAUGGAGAACAGUAUGAAGAAUAUACAUGGGCAGGUCAAACACGAAUACGAGCUACAUCAUUACUAGAAGGUGGCUUCGCUGGUUCAGGAUUUUUAACGAGUAGUUGUCGUAAACUAUCAGAUGAAGAUUGUGAUUUAAAUGUAGAUGUUGAUGAUUCAGAACAAUAUGGAACUCCUCAAUACUCUGAAGUUGAUAUAGUACCAUUACGAGCUGAUGAACCGAGUGAGAAUCAAGAGAGAUUAGCUUUAAGAGGGGCGUUAUUAGGGAAUUGUUCUAAAGACAUGGAUCAAACACCUGUUUAUAAUAGUACAGCUGUAUGUAAAUCAAAUCACCAGAUAUCAACAUCUAAUCAUAAUAAUGAUAUUGAUAGUAAUUUUAGCUCAUCACAUGAACUGAUUGAAGCUUUAAAAGCAAAACUUAAAGAUAAAGAAGAGCAAAAAAAUAAACAAAAAUGUCUAAUUUGUAUGGAUGCCUAUAAAGAACCAUUAGCCUCUAUACAAUGUUGGCAUGUACACUGUGAAUCUUGUUGGCUUCAAACUCUAGGAGCCAAGAAAUUAUGUCCACAAUGCAACACCAUAACCUCAUCAUCGGAUCUAAGAAGAAUCUUUUUAUAGUAUAUGAUGUCAUCGGUACAUCGUUAUAGAAUAGAACUUUCAAGACCAAAGAUUAUCAUUUUAUUUAUUAAAAAAAAUGCAAAAAACAGUGGAGAUAUUAUUUUUGUAUAAAGUGUUUUAAAUUGAUAUCUGUAUGGGUAACAAAGUACUAAAAAUAAAUAUGGAAGCCUGGCAAUGGGUGCAAAAAAGAAUAUGGUAGAAUUCUUCAGUUUCUGUGUAGUAAGUUAGGUGACUACAACAAAACACAUGAUAUAAAAAUAUAGAAAAUUUGCGGAAAAGAUCAUCUUCAAACCCUUCGCGUAAUACCCUGCAUAUUUUGGCACUAAGAGUCUUAUCAAAUUCCUCGAUCAUCGUGAAUACCAAUCUUGCGCUUUCUAGCUAAAAGUUCAUAGUUCGUUCAAUGUCAAGGUUUCCGUGGAGGACGCCAUGUUUGAUUUGAGUGUGUUUGUGUCAAGCUCAAUAUUUAACAUUUAUUCUGGGUAUAUUCAGAGUUAGAUUUAAAACAAGCUGUACUUGAUAUAAUUUACCCAAAAAUUAAAAGUGACCAUGAACCUUCCAAAUUAUGCCAAACUUAUUCUGUGAAGUUGGCGUACCAUAAUUUCUAACAAUAGUUAUCUGCCCAUUGUACAUUAUUUAUUCUAGAUGAUAUAUUGGACUCGUGCGAUUAUUUCAUUGACAUGGAGAUACGGACAGUGUAUCUGUAUUUUAAAUUAUUUAAUGGUCUUGAGCAAUACAUUACUUAAAGAUACAUUAUGGGAGAUUAGAUAAAGAGCUGGCAGUUCGCACUAUAUAAUAGUUAAAAACUAGAUAAUGUAAAGGGAAUUUGCUGAAAAUUUCAGUCAAAUUGAUCCACUCUGAAUUGAGAUUUUAGCAAUUGAAUUUACCACCCAGCCUCGGUCAUCAUUACUAAAGUCAUUACUACUAAAGUCGGUAAGAUAAAAAACAUAGUCUCGAUUAUCCAUUUCAUGAUUAAAUUUAUGAAUGGAAGUCGAACAGUAAAUCGGAACCUAAUCCAAUAAACAUCGCAGGCUAGCGAUGCCAUCAAGAGUUGAUUGUGGUAUGGAUAAGUUAAUUAAUGUCUAAUUAAUAAUUUAGAUAACAUUUCAGACCCAUAGAAAGACCAGCAAUAGGGAGAUUUAGCUCUUGCAUAAUGUAUGUUUAAUAGAUCAGUAUCCACAUAUUACGCAAUGUCUCACUGUCGACCGUUUUACCACACAUGUAAGUUAAUUUCAUGUAGGAUAUGAUAUAAAAUCAAUUUGAUUAAAAUACAGACCUAUAUUUCGUUUCGUUUUUUUAUACUUUCGAUGGCCUACACUAUAUGAAGAUCUGACCAGUUGUAGUAAAAGGUUGAGUCAGGUUGUACGAACGUCAGACAUUGAUUAAGCAAUCCGCGUUGACGUUUCUAGUAGGUUACCCACAGUUCCAUGCAACGCACACCAAGAACUCGCCGUAACAGACCAUUUCAUUGGCUAGUCCCUCACAUCAAUCAUAACGCAGGUUAUAUAACAACUCUUCCAGAUCCUAGUGUAGUAAAGACAAGUAAAACAAAAUUUUAAACUAUGAAAAACGAAACAAAAUAGGAUCCAUGUUUUAAUCCGAUUGAUAUGAUAUAAAAAUAUUUGUAGAUAUAUAUGUAGAUAGAUAUAUAGUGUAUAUGACCUAUAUAAUCAGGUGUGUUUAAAGUCAGUCAACUUGUAUUAUGAUGAUCAGUGUUUUGUUCUGUUAUAAUUUUUGUUCAUAGAAAAUAAACAAACGGCUUUGAUUUAAA